GUAGAGAGUCAGUGGAGCAGAAGAGACAAAGAGCAAGGACGAUUGAGGAAGGAGAGGCGAGAGUGAGUGAAGGGGCUCGCGAAGAUAACAAGGAGGUAGAUUACGCGAGUGACAGAGAAAGAAGCCACGCGCGACAACCUCUGUGCUCAGAGCAGAAGCCUCUACGCUAGAGGAACUAGAGAGAAGGCCGAAGAGGAAAGGGGGCUGAGCACGAGCUUGAAAAUCAUAGAUUGAAAAUGGUGCGGCCUUAUGGGAUAAAAGUUAACAAGCGAAGGAAGACUGAGGAGAAGUAUGAUAGGGAUGAGGAGGAAGAAGAACAAGUAGAAGAAGUGCUGAAGAGGAAGCGAGCUAUGGUGGAAAAACCUGGAACAACUGAUCAUGAUGGUGAAGAAAAAGAGGAGGACGAGGCAGCAGUAGAUGAGCUUGAGGGGAUUCCCAUUGCUCCAAGUGAUAAAAAAACCAAAAAAGCUGGGGUAACUUUUGUUCUCGAGAAGGCUUCCCUGGAAGUUGCCAAAGUUGGAAAGACUUAUCAGCUUCUGAACUCUGAUGACCAUGCUAAUUUCUUGCGGAAGAAUAAAAAAAAUCCUGCUGAUUAUCGCCCUGAUAUUACUCACCAGGCUCUACUAACGAUUCUGGACAGUCCAGUUAAUAAGGCUGGGAGGUUGCAAGCUGUUUAUGUAAGAACAGAAAAAGGUGUUCUUUUUGAAAUCAAACCACAUGUACGAAUUCCGAGAACAUAUAAACGAUUCUCUGGUAUCAUGUGUAAGUUCUGCGAGUUUCGCUCAAAUCCUUUCUGAAUUGUGCGGAUUAUAUUGCUCUUUUCCUCUCCUUUACUU